AUGGUCCGCAUCAAGCACCGCUACCUGCUCUUGAACAUUCUCUACCCUCAAGAGAAGCCCGCCACGACGGCCAAACCAAAUCAAAUUGUACCAUGGACUGUUCAGUUCAGGCAGCCGAGCUCUGAUCGUCUGGAUGCGAAGCUUCUUGCCCGCGUAAUUCGCGAUGGCGUAUCAGAACUUUUCGGUGACUAUGGGGCCGGCAUGGUUGCUGGUAGUCUCCAAGGUACCGCCGCCGCAUCCCAUAUAUCUGGUCUGGCUUCUCUAGCAAAUGCUGACCUCACCCAGUCAAAUACAUGUCUGCCGCCACUUCUACUGCCAUUGUUCGCGUCGCACGCGCGCACUACCGCAUGGUCUGGGCUGCCCUGAGCUUUGCAACCAAGAUUCCUAAACCUGUGGACCAGACGUGCGUGAUUCAAGUCGUUCGAGUGAGCGGCACAAUCAAGAAGUCCGAGGAAGAAGCUAUCCGCCGUGCCCGGGCGACAAUUGUUCGAGCGCAACGAGCGGAGGCUGCAACACUAGCGACCGCCAGCGGAAAAGCUCCUGAACAUAAUGGCGACGAUGGCGACAUGAGUAUGGCGAACGGUAUCGAGGAUUUCGACGGACCCGAAGCUGGCGAUACGGACGAAGAAGACUGA